GGCUACCCUGGAAGUGACUUCCGUUCCCUGUGCACGCCACUUGGUUAAGUGUUCCAUUCUUCCCGACCUGCGAUGGCGUUAGCGACGGCGGCGCCUACAGGCUUUCCACACGGCCAUGUAACCUUUGAGGAUGUGGCUGUGUACUUUUCCAAGGAGGAGUUGGGGCUGCUGGAUGAGGCUCAGAGGUACCUGUACCAUGAAGUGAUGCUGGAGAACCUGUCACUUAUAGCCUCAGUAGGUUGUUGCCAUGGAAUAAAAGCUGAGAAGGUCCCUUCUGGACAGUAUGUUUCUACAGAAAGAGUGCCACAGAGCAAUACUUUGGCAUCACAUCUGUCCAUUCUGAAGACACGUCCGGCAUCACAUCUGUCCUUUCUGAAGACAUGUCCCUUUGAAAAAUGCUCCAUGGUUGCAAUAAAAAAAUUUUGCCUUGGUACUCAUCAAGGGAUGCAUCCUGAGCAGAAUCUAUCUGCUUCUGUGACAAGUGGGAACCAGUUUUUUCUCUCAUCAAAUCAACAACAGCAUCAGAGACAGCACAGUGGGGAGAAAUGUGUGAUAAGGGUGGAGAACAGGGCCUUCCCUUUAAAUAGCUGUAAAGUCCUUUCGUCCAAUAAUAAUUUUCCAUGUAAAGAGCAUGAGAAGGAUUGCCUGGGAGUCCAGGACUCUGUUCAGCAUCAAGCCACUGACAGUGGAGAACAUUCACAGAGAAACAAAGAAAAUAGUGAGAUCUCGCUCACUCUGCCGAAACUGUUCAAGUGCAGUGACUGUGGGAAUGCCUUUAUCAAAAAGAAAAGACUUCUUGAGCACCAGAGAAUUCACACAGGAGAAAAACCUCAUGAGUGUCACGAAUGUGGAAAGUAUUUUAGACAGAGGUCCACCCUCUGUGAACACCGGAAGCUUCACAAUAAAGCAAAACCAUUCAAGUGUAGUGAAUGUGGGAAGUCUUUCAUCUACAAAAGGCGAUUUAUUGAGCACCAGAGAAUCCACACUGGAGAAAAGCCUCAUGAGUGUCACAAAUGUGGGAAAUUUUUUAGACACAGAUCCAGUUUAACUCAACACCAGAAACUUCACAAUGAAGAAAGACCAUUCGGGUGCAGUGACUGUGGGAAGUCUUUCAUCUACAAAAGGCGAUUUAUUGAGCACCAGAGAAUCCACACUGGAGAAAAGCCUCAUGAGUGUCAUAAAUGUGGGAAAUUCUUUAGACAGAGGUCCACCCUCUGUGAACACCAGAAACUCCACACUAAAGUUUUUAACAGCCACAGCAAGUCCUGCUCAAGCCUUCUUCUGGCUCUAUUCAGGCCACUGUACAUGGUGCUGGGGGUUGAAUCUGCAAGGCAAGGGAUUUAUCCCCAUGCUAUCUCUCUGAAGCCAGAAAAACACAGCAAGGACGAAAUUAUUUUUGAAGUGGUCCUGGAACAGUUUAUGAUCAACAGGCACUGCAGUGAUGGGUCCUUUUUAAAGGAGAAUGGGAGUCAAGUGGAAGGAACAUGGAGAAAUUCAUGGAGAAGCUGGUGAUAAUUUUUUUAAGCCCACUGCCUUGAAUAUACCCUUAUGAGAAGUCACAGUUCAUCUAAGGCAACAGUUGUCAGUGGGGACCCCAACAUUGAAGAACAUGAGAAUGCUCUCCUGGACUUCCCAGGACUCCUCUCUGGAAGCAGAAGUAGGUGAGUGCACCCAGUUUGAACUCUGGGGCAGUGAUCUCUGUGUUCUCUUCUUUGGUGGAACAUAACUGAGUCUCUCCCCACUGCUCACAAGAAAUGAAAGUAAAGAUGGUGGAGUAGAUAUUUCUUCUACUCCAUGUCAAAUGAAGAAAGUUUUUCUGGUCAAGGAGACAAAAUGUAUUUUCUAUUCAUUAUCCAGGAAGGAAACUGCUGUAGGCCAAAAGAGGAAGGUGUUUGUGCGGAGAAUUCGUGUCUGUGCUCAUUAGAGAUACGGGUCUGCAGUUCUCUUUUGUUGUGAUGUCUCUGUCUGCUUUGGUAUUAGGGUAAUGUUUGCUUCAUAGAAACUAUUUGAGAGUAUCUUUAUUCUUCAAUUUCCUUGAAAGAGCCUUAAAAGGACUUGUAGUAGGUCUUCUGUAAAGGUAAAAAAAAAUACACUAGCGAAUCUAUCUGGACCUGGGCUUCUGCUUUGGGGGAGACUUUUGAUUACUAUUUGAUUUCUUUGAUUGUGAUAGGUCUGUUUAAGUUUUCCAUAUAUUAUUGAUUUAGCCUUGGGAGGUUAUAGGACUCUAAGAAUUUAUUUUAAAUUUAUCUUAAACAUGAAUUUAUCUCUCAGUUCCACAGUGACAGACACCUCCAGACUCCAGAGAGGAACCUUUCAGGGUCCCCUCAUCAAGGUGACCGUGGGGUGGGACCAGUGAAUCUCUCCUUUGAGAUCUCCUUUGAAGCUGUUGCCACAUCGGGGAGGAGAAGUAGAAAGACUCCAAGCCCUCAAUUAUACACAUGUGAGAAAUGUCCCAAGGUGUUCAGGUAUUGCUGACAGUUAAAGCUCAUCUGAGAAGGCACAGUAACGAGAGGAUGUUUGUCUGCACCUCGUGCCAGGAAGGCUUCUUCCAGACCUCAGACU